AAAAUUACCUUCUGAGCACUCCUUUUACACGCCGCACAUCGUCCGAAAAUGUCAUCUUCAAUACCAGCUGAGAAGCCGAAACAGCCAAAGCUCGAUGUCGAGGAAUACCUUACUAGUGCACUCUCUGCAACCCCGGCAGAACUACACCCAUUCUUUGAGUCUUUCCGAGAUUUGCACUCAAGAAAGCUAUGGCAUCAGCUCACGGGCAAGCUCGCCCAAUUCUUCGACCACCCACUCUCGCAGCCUUACCGAGUAGAUGUCUUCGACCGAUUCGUCAGGGAUUUCGAGUCGCGGCUAAACGCGCUCCGCUUUGUGGAGAUGGGGGUGAAGGUGUCAAGAGAUAUUGACAACCCUGCCCAGCACAUCGCCUUCCUGACCGACCUCCUCUCUCGAAUCGACACCGACGCCUCGCCUGAGGCUCAUGUCCUUCUCCUCGCCACACUCGCCCACGCCAAACUAUCCUACGGUGAUAUUGAGGGAACCAAAACCGACAUCGAUGCUGCCUGGAAGAUUCUUGAUGAACUAUCAGGUGUGGAGAAUAGCGUGAAUGCGGCGUAUUACAGUGUGGCGGCGGAUUACUACAAGGCAAGCCUCUACUUGACGGCAAAAGCAGAAUAUGCGCCGUACUACCGCAACUCCCUGCUCUACCUCGCAUGCGUUGACAUACAAGCGGAUAUGUCGGCGGAGGAGCGUCUUCUGCGUGCACACGAUCUUGGGAUCUCAGCAUUCCUUGGGGACACGAUCUACAACUUUGGAGAGUUGCUGAUGCACCCGAUUUUGGACGCGCUGGACGGGACGCCGCAUGAGUGGAUCAAGAGGCUGCUGUUCACGUUCAACGAGGGGAACAUCGGCAAGUUUGAGGCGUUGGCACCGUUGUUCCCUAAGGAGCCGAUCCUGCAAGAGAACUACCCGUUCCUGAGGCAGAAGAUCUGUCUGAUGGCGCUCAUCGAGUCCGUGUUCAGGAGGGACGCGUAUGAUAGGACGAUGAGCUUCCAGACGAUCGCGGAGGAGACGAGGCUGCCGUUGGACGAGGUCGAGCAUUUGAUUAUGAAGGCUUUGAGCUUAAAACUCAUCCGCGGCUCCAUCGACCAAGUCGACUCCAAAGCGACAAUCAGCUGGGUCCAGCCGCGCGUGUUAUCGAGGGAACAGAUCGGCUUGCUGGCGAAGAGGCUGCAGGUUUGGAAUGAGAAGUUGCAUGGGGUGGAGGAGAGGAUCGCGCCGGAGUUGUUGGUUGGUGCGUAAGGGGGGUAUGUUGUAAUUGGAGUGGACUAGUGGACUAGAAGGAGCAGAAGAGGGAGGAGGCGGAGGAGGGGGGUGGUGGAGGAUUGAAUUGGUGGGUGGGUGGAUGAGUAAGGUGGCGGUGGCGAUAAAGAGACGGGAAAAGGGCGAGAUGUCAGAUGUGUAUUACCGUAAGGUUUGGACGUGAACGAACGAUGGGCGUUGGACAGUGGAGGAUUGGCGUUCUUUCUUGCAGAUUUGUGUGGACCGUGAUCGCGUACGGUCGGACUGUGUUCAGGAAUUAGAAUGGGUAUGUAUGGCAGGUCGCGCUCACGGUCAUAUAACUUUGGGUUUGGGUUUGGAAGCAGAAGCAGCUUUGCUUGACAUAGAUUCCAGCCUGAGAGUGCUCGUAUGUAUUUUCUUUACUUGACCUUGGUUGGUCGGUUGAGUGGUUUAAGAUAACUCAGU